AUGUCUCCAUAUAUGCCUUCCUACGAACGGAACCCUGCCCACCGAUACACAGUCUUAGACGAUGUUCUGUACAAGCGAGGCUACACCACGCCGUAUCUGAAAUGCCUCACCAAAGAGCAGGGGGACUACGUCCUUCGGGAAGUUCACAGUGGGGUCUGUGGUGACCAUUCAGGGUCCCGGUCGCUAGCACACAAAGUCUUCCGGCAGGGGUAUUUCUGGCCGACCUUACACCAUGAUGCAAACGUCCUAGUCAAGAAGUGCGACAAAUUCCAACGGUUCGGUAAUGUCCCUCACAUCCCUGCUUAG